AUGUGGAUGAUCAGCUGGUUCUGGGAUAUCCUCGCACAGUUUGGUCUCGUCAACAAGAACGCCAAGAUCCUCUUCUUAGGCCUCGACAAUGCUGGCAAGACGACGCUCCUGCACAUGCUGAAGAAUGAUCGACUAGCUACGUUGCAGCCAACUUUGCAUCCCACAUCUGAAGAACUUGCCAUCGGUAAUGUCAAAUUCACAACUUAUGAUCUGGGAGGACAUCAGCAAGCUCGCCGGCUCUGGAAAGACUACUUCCCAGAGGUAGAUGGGAUUGUCUUCCUCGUCGACGCCCAGGAUCACGAGCGCUUCUCAGAAUCAAAGGAGGAGCUAGAUGCAUUGCUGUCGAUUGAGGAGCUCUCAAAAGUCCCCUUCCUCAUUCUGGGCAACAAGAUUGAUGCCCCAGGUGCGGUGAGCGAAGAUGACCUCAAGCACGCGCUGGGCAUGUACCAGACCACCGGCAAGGCAUGUAAUGACAGGGCAAGCAACCUCUCGAGAACAUCCGACCAAUCGAGGUCUUCAUGGUCUCUGUCGUCAUGCGUCAAGGCUACGGCGAAGGUUUCCGUUGGCUCAGCGCAUACAUGUAAAGCGUAUCCGGCUCGGACGAUCCCAUCCACCACCUUAAAGCGUUCUUUUUGUCAACGAGACUUUUCACGUCCUUCGAGUGCAUUCCAGAGUGCGAUGCCCUUUUGUCCGGCUCGAGGCUGA